GCCGGGCUUCCGUCCCAGAUGAUGCCGCCCGCUGGCUCCCGCCCAUCAGUGGCGCAGCUAGGAGCCGGUUUCCGUGUCGGCCGUCGCGGCUCCGGCACAGGCAGGCGCGGCUCAACGAGUCCGGCGGGGAGGGGGCAGCCAUGGAGGAAGCGGCUCUAACUCCCCGCCGCUGACACACCCUGCCCCCAGUGCUGCCGCUCCGCCCGCCCGCCAUCCCGUUCGGCCGCCCCGGGAGCAGCGGGCUGCGGCAGCGGCCCGUGUUUACCCCCGGCUCUCCACAGGUAGUAGCGUCUGACGGCAAGUGAGGGUAGUGGCUUCCGGAGAUGUUAAUGCGCAUGCUCGGAGCCUUGGCGCAUGCUCAGUAACAGCAAAGUAGCUGAUCCUGACACUCCGCCGCCGCCUCUCCCCAGCCCAGCUGGAGGAGCCAUGGACAAAGCCGACAAGAAUGUUAAACUGUCAGCUGAAGUAGAACCAUUUAUUCCUCAGAAGAAGGGUCCUGAUACACUUAUGAUAUCUAUGGCUCUCCCUAAUGACAGUGGAGGUGUUAAUGGAGUGGAACCAACUCCUAUUCCCAGCUACCUGAUUACUUGCUACCCAUUUGUACAGGAAAACCAGGCCAACAGACAAUUUCCAUUAUAUAAUAAUGACAUCAGAUGGCAGCAGCCAAACCCAAGCCCCACAGGACCUUACCUUGCUUAUCCUAUUAUAUCUGCUCAACCACCUGUCUCUACAGAGUAUACGUAUUACCAGUUUAUGCCAGCCCCGUGUGCACAAGUCAUGGGUUUCUAUCAUCCUUUUCCUGCACCCUACUCUGCACCCUUUCAGACAACAAGUGCUGUAAGUACAGUUACAACCGAAUGCGCUGAUCGCCCAAACCAGCCAGGCCAAGUCUUUCCAUUAUCCAGACAGCGAAGCAAAAGCAGUAACAGGGGACCAGCUGCGCAAAAGCAACUACAGUUGCAGACACACACAAAAAGCAAAAGGGCUCCAGUGAAAAGUGUGGCCAUCCAAAAAGAGACCAGUGCAUCAGGCCCUGAGAGCAGAUCAAAAAUUGUGCUGUUGGUUGAUGCAUCUCAGCAAACAGAUUUUCCUUCAGAGAUCGCUAAUAAGUCACUUUCUGAGAGCUCUAGUACAAUGCUAUGGAAAUCAAAAGGCAGGCGAAGACGUGCAUCCCAUCCUGCUGCAGAAUCCUCUAGUGAACAAGGGGCCAGUGAAGCUGAUAUUGACAGUGAUAGUGGUUACUGCAGUCCUAAACAUAGCAACAAUCAGGCUGCUGCUGCCAUGACUUCAAAAAAUACAGAUUCUGGUGCAGUGAAUAUUGUAGAACCAUCAAUAAAUGCAGCUGCCAUAAGUUGGACUAAUGUAAAUUCCCAGGCAACUCAGAAAAAACCUUGGAUAGAAAACCCUCAGACAUUUUCCAGAGGUGGAAGACCAGCUGAACAGAGAAAUAGUUCACAGCCUGGUUUCAGAUGCAGAGGACAAAGCACAUCUUCAGAAAGAAGGCAAAAGCUGCAGAAGCGACACGAGAAGCCUUUAAACACAAGCCAAUCAAGCAGAGCAGAACAAAGUCCCGAACCCUUGUACUUUGAGGAUGAAGAUGAAUUUCCAGAGUUAAAUAGUGACAGUGGAAGUGGCAAAGGUGGCAACAUUCAGCAAAAAUUUUCACCAAAAGUACUGGAUGAUUUACCUGAAAAUUCUCCAAUCAAUAUAGUCCAAACUCCCAUUCCUAUUACAACCUCUGUACCCAAACGUGCAAAAAGUCAAAAGAAGAAAGCCUUGGCAGCAGCACUUGCCACAGCUCAAGAAUAUUCAGAAAUAAGUAUGGAGCAGAAGAAACUCCAGGAGGCUUUAUCAAAAGCAGCUGGGAAGAAGAGUAAAGCUCCUGUGCAGCUAGACUUGGGGGAUAUGUUAGCAGCGCUUGAGAAACAGCAACAAGCAAUGAAAGCCCGUCAACUCACCAAUACCAGGCCCCUCUCAUACACAGUUGGCGGUGGUGCACCUUUUCAUACCAAAGAAUCUACCAACAGAAGGUCAUUCACUAAAGGACAGCCAUCUGUGGGUUGUCUUAAUCCUUUGGACUCGACUGCUCCAAAAGUAAAAAGAGGAAAAGAGAGAGAAAUUUCCAAACUAAAACGCCCGACCGCACUUAAAAAGAUUAUUUUAAAAGAGAGAGAAGAAAAGAAAGGACGCUUAUCUGCAGAUCACAGUCUUCUGGGAUCUGAUGAACAGAAAGAGGUGCAUUUAUGUUUGACUGAUGACCAGUCUCAGGAGUUAGCCUCUCAAGAAGAACCGGGGCUAAGUAUGCCUAGUGAUACUUCACUCUCUCCAGCAAGUCAGAACUCUCCAUAUUGCAUGACUCCAGUGUCACAAGGCUCACCUGCCAGUUCAGGGAUAGGUAGUCCAAUGGCAUCUUCAACAAUCACUAAAAUUCACAGCAAGAGAUUUAGAGAGUAUUGUAAUCAAGUUCUAAGUAAAGAAAUAGACGAGUGUGUGACUUUGCUAUUGCAAGAGCUUGUCAGCUUCCAGGAACGCAUUUACCAAAAGGACCCCAUGAGAGCUAAAGCAAGGAGAAGGCUUGUUAUGGGUUUGCGUGAGGUUACUAAGCACAUGAAGUUAAACAAGAUCAAAUGUGUGAUCAUUUCUCCUAACUGUGAAAAAAUCCAGUCAAAAGGUGGAUUGGAUGAAGCUCUGUAUAACGUAAUAGCCAUGGCACGAGAGCAAGAGAUUCCUUUUGUCUUUGCACUUGGACGUAAAGCUCUUGGUCGUUGUGUGAACAAGCUAGUUCCUGUUAGUGUGGUGGGAAUCUUCAACUAUUCUGGCGCUGAGAGCCUGUUUAAUAAGUUGGUCUCGCUGACUGAGGAGGCCAGAAAGGCAUACAGAGAUAUGGUUGCAUCAAUGGAGCAGGAGCAGGCAGAAGAGGCCUUAAAGCAUGUUAAGAAGGCACCCCAUCACAUGGGUCAUUCUCGUAAUCCCUCUGCGGCAAGUGCUAUUUCAUUCUGUAGUGUUAUUUCAGAGCCCAUAUCUGAAGUGAAUGAGAAAGAAUAUGAAACAAACUGGAGAAACAUGGUGGAAACAUCUGAUGGGUUAGAAACCUCUGAAAAUGAGAGAGAGUCCUCAUUUAAGACAACUGCACCAGAAAAAUCUAGCAGUGCUCAAAUUGAGAAAGCAACUGUUAAUAAACAGCCACCUACAGCUACAACCGGAACUACCUCAACUGUAAGUCACGGAAAAUCCUUGCCAAGUGACAAAGAAGAGGUGAAGCCAGAUGACAAUCUGGAGUGGGCCUCACAGCAGAGUACAGAGACAGGAUCUUUGGAUGGCAGCUGUCGUGAUCUUUUGAAUUCCUCCAUGACCAGUACCACCAGUACCCUUGUACCAGGAAUGCUUGAAGAAGAGGAGGAGGAUGACGACGAAGAUGAUGAGGAUUACACCCAUGAACCUAUAUCGGUAGAGGUUCAACUUAAUAGCAGAAUUGAAUCUUGGGUCUCAGAGACCCAAAGAACUAUGGAAACCCUUCAACUUGGGAAGACCCUUAGUGGUGCAGAGGGAGACAAUGUAGAACAAAGUGAAGAGGAAGAGAGAGAAACUCCUGAGCAGGUAGAUCCAGUAAUUGAUAGUGAGGAAUGGACAACUGAUAAGCACGCAAGUAAUGCCCAACAUAAGCCCACGAUCAGCAAUUCUCUGAAUAAAGAACACACAGAUUCCAAUUCCAUGUUGUAAAAAUAAGCACAAACUCAGGAACUCUUUAAAAUUAUAAUUAACUGUUGUAAGGGUUGCAGCCAUUACUUUGUAUGCUUCAUCUCAACAUUUUGCACUGUUUAACAUUUAAUGUAUGUAUUUAAUUCACAACAAAUAUUUGUAGCUGUCUUUUGUUUAUUGUUUCAUUAAAACCUAUAGUUUAGCUUUUAAUCAAUAUCUGUGUAUUUCCCAGAAUCGAAACCAUCUGUGUAAAAAAUCUCAGUCAGUAAUAGAUAUUCACUUGAGCUUCUUUUGUAAAUGGAGAAACUAUUUAUAAACGACCAAUUGUAAGCAAAAAUCUUCUUAAAUUUGACUGUUUAUCUUUUUUUCAACACAUGAGCUGAUCUAUGUUUUAAGACUUGCAACGGUUACCAACAUUUUGCAUUGCAUAAAGAGAAGCCAGAAAAAUCCAAAAACAUUUUUCUUGCAGUCAAAAGGAAGAGGAGAUUACAGAGAAAUGUAUGCAUGAUUCUUAUGCUAAGACAGAUGCAGCUUUUAGUUGGGUGUCUGAGAUUAUAUUACAAAAGAUGCGGACUGUAAUGAGAUGGUUACAGUAUACUAGAAUAACUUUAACCCAAAACCACAAUAGCAAAAUAAUUGUAGUUAAUGUAUGUUUGCUUUUUUCCAAUGAAAUACUUAAAAAAAAAAAAAAAAAAAAUCACUGUGUGCAGAGUCACAGUAAGGGAACCAUGACCACCAUCCAUGUUGUUCUUAGUAACUGACUGCUUCCUUAUUCUUUCACUUACCUCAGGAAUGCUGAUGUGCAUAAUUUUAUUUACAUUAAAUAAAACAGGCAUAAGUGAUCUGAGUAUUUAACAGUAAGUGUGACUGAUAUAAUAGCUAAGUGUAUGGUUGUGUUCACUUGCAUGCUUUGAUUCUGGCCACUUUUUUAUAUUAAGUUCAGGAUCAAUUUUAGGAUUAAUUCUCAUUGAGAAUGUGAACUCUUGUUCCUCAGUUGUAGCAGCCUAGUAGUUGACUUCUAGAGUAGUAAAGUAGUUGUUCUGGGAAGGCAGGAAAGCGCCUUGGAGUUCUGAGCGGUGUCAGUGGUUUCCCCCCCCCCCAAAAAAGCCAGAAACAAAUAAGCUGCCAUAGAAUUAUCCAUGUUUGUUCCUAGUAUUGAAAUGAAAUCCAUUAUCUGGUGAUGAAUUUAUUUCAGAUUGGGGAUGGAGUAUAUGUCUAGUCCUUGCACACCAAGAGUCUGAAUUUUUUAACUUUGUCCAGUACUGGCAAUAAAUGUACUGAAGCCAUCAACACCAAGGACUUGACUACAAGAGGAGCCAAAGAACCAUUUUCAUGAAUAACAAUUUUUCAUGGCAAAUAUAGAUUUGUUUUAAUUCUACUUCAUUAUUCUAGACCACUUCCAUUUUAAAAAAGGUAACUUUCAGUAACACAAAAUAAAUGGACAUUUUAGUUGCACACUUAAUUUACUUAUUUUGGGACCAGCACUUUUUUAGUAUUUGUAAUACUGGUAUUUCAUGUUGCACUGGGAAAAUCAGACUCCGGGUUUAGGAAAUAUCUAGUCCUGUCUUUCAGAUAGUAAUGAGCAUUGUGGAAACGAAGAGUUUGAGUAUUAUGUAAAUAACACUUUGGUAUCUGUAGACAUAGCAAAUGCUAUGCAGGACAUUGUUGAAGAGCUGUCCUGUCAUGUUCUUAGUUCCUUGAUAUAAUCUUUCUAGAUAUUAGCAACAGACGUUUUACAGGAAUACAAAGAGUAAAGAAUGAUGCCUCCUAAAUAUUAACCCCAAUUGUUUGUACUGCAGAUUUUAUUGUGCAUACACUUUGAAAGGUUUAGUUGAUUUAGGAAAUGAUAGCAGUUUGAACUGCUGACAGAGGAUCAAUGUUUGCCCUUGGAUGUGUAAGCACAGCUUCCGUCAACAACUAAAAUCAUCUAUGCACACUAAGGAUAGAAUUUGACCUAGAUUUUCCCAAAAUGGAGAGUGGGAUUACAAAAAACUAUAAUCUGUACAUUUCCUUUUGCUUAUUCCAUGACAGUGAUUCAGAUAACUCUUGAUCUUGAGGUAGUAGCAUUACAAAGGUUUCUUUUUUGUCUUUUCUGAACUUGGACAGUCAUUUUAAGAUUUUGACAUUUAUAUCAAACAGGAGAUCUACUUGUAAUUUUCAACCCACUGUUUAAUUGUAAUUUUGCUACUGAUUUCAUAAGUGUAUUAUGAGUUCAUUAAAGAUGAUACAGCUCAUCUAGUACCUCUCUAUUUGCCAGCAAACAAGGAGAAUCUUUGAAAAUGUGAAUGAUCACCUCUAGAGAGGCAAACCAAAACAGAGUAAAGGAAACCAUCCAUUUAGAACAUUUCCUUUUGAUAAGACGAGAAUGAGAGAUAAUUGCGAAUGGAAUGACUGUGUGUCUGGGAAGAGGUCCAUUUGCAUCUAAAAUUAGGGAAGUUCCUUGCAAUGUGCAUCAUUUAAGAGGUAUAAUCUUGAUCUUGUGGUAAUCUUGUUUCUAUCAGCAACAGAAAUAAAAAAGCAUAACCUUUCCGAUUAUUUUAUAGGUUAUUUUAUAGUGCCAUGAUUAAUUUUUUUAAGAUAGCUGGAUUUCUAUUUCACUAUAAAAAGUAUACAAUUUAUUAUACAGGUUGUUACACUCUAAAAAACAGAUGUUUCUGGAGUUAUAUGACUAUAGAUAUGCUUUUUUGUUGUGAAGAUUAUUCAGAAAACAAAUAUCCAUUUUUUUUCUUUCAAAGAUUAUUGGAUUAUUUAGAUUUCAUGCAUCUGGCAAAACAUGAAAAAUAAUGUGUGGUAGGGCAUCUUUACAAUGAAUUGAUAGAGGUGACUAUGCAUAGAAAGUAUUUUAUAUAACACUGCUGGUAUUUGUGCAAAAAAAUGUAGGGGAAAAGAAUCUGGAGAACGUAGUCCUUCAUCAGACCACAUUUUUUUUUAUUUAUAUAUAAUAUAUUUUUUGUCUGAGUAAGGAUUAAGGUCCUGGUCCUGCAAAUAUGUACUUACAUACUUGACUUUAGGAACACGAGUAGUCCCACGGAUCUCAGCGGACCUAUUGGUAUGCUUAAUUUAAACACCCGUGUAAGUGUUUGCAGGAUUGGAACCAAACAAUGACUGCAGGAUUUGUCCCAUAUUUUUAAAAUUAAAAAACUAUAGAAAAUGUUCUUCAAUAAUGCACUUGUCUGAUUUCUUAACAUAAAGGUGGGAGAUCUCGAAUGCGUAUGUGGGUGAGGAUUUUCACAUGAUUCAGUCCAGUUCUUUAACAUGAAGUUUAAAUUUUAAUAACAGGACUUUAAAUAUGAAUGCAAAAAAGUUUUAUUGUUUGAAAAGCUGCUGUUUGCUAAAACUGUCAUUAAGUAUUCUCUGUGAAGUUGUGCCAACUAAGCAAAAUAUCCAGUUGAUUUUAAUGUUGAUCAUAUUUUAAUCAUUAAAAUUCAGUGUGAAGAUUUGUUUACAAAAACAAAAACCAGCAGAAGAAAGCCAUACAUGCAGCCUAUAUGGGUUUUUAGCCAUCCCUUCCACACGCAAUGAAAUGUAAGAAUGUCUAACUUGAAAUUUAUACUGCGUGAUAACACUGAAAUUAGCAACCCAGUUGGCACAGCCCACCUUCUAAAUGUCAUAAAUGGUUCAUAUAUUUUUAAAUAGAUUCUAAUAAGAUAAACUGUUAAUCUUUAAUGUCUAACUUUUGUAGCAACACUUAGGUUAAACAGUAGAAAAUUAUUAUAAAAGAUGAAGGGUUUUGUUUUCUUUUUUGCUGUAUGAAGGAUAAUUGUUCGAUCUACCAUACUUUUUUGGAGUAAUAGCUUUUUUUGCACUAUGUAAAUACUAGUGGGGAUUCUUCCAUAACUAAUAAAAGUGAUUGUAGAAAUCUCUUA